UGACACUACACAUAUUAAAAGUGAAUUUAUUUUAUUUAUGUAACAAUUAAUUAAUGAAAAAUUAAUAGUAAUAAAAAAAUGUCGAAAUUAAGUGCUUUAACUUUUACUAGAAACACUGGAGCUAGACAUACUGCUACAGUUGUAUUUUUCCAUGGAUCAGGAGCAAAUGGAGAGCACAUGCAAGAAUGGGUUCAUUUAAUGAACAAAGACUUCAAAUUUCCGCAUAUUAAAGUGAUUUAUCCAACAGCACCAUUACAGCCUUACACACCAGCUGGUGGUCAACCAAGUAAUGUAUGGUUUGAUCGAGCUGAUAUCAAUCAAAAUGUUGCCGAGAAGUUGGAUUCAGUGGAAAGAAUAGGAGCACAAGUUAAAGAAUUAAUCAAAAGUGAAGUUGAUGGUGGCAUUCCUUUAAACAGGAUUAUUGUUGGUGGAUUUUCAAUGGGAGGAGCACUUUCUUUGUACACAGGCUACAAAUGGGAGCACAACUUAGCUGGAGUGUUUGCAUUCAGCUCUUUUCUCAACAACCAAUCUUUUGUAUAUCAAGACCUCAGCAAAAGUUCGGGAACUAAAUUGCCACCACUACUUCAGAUUCAUGGUGAGAUUGAUGAUUUAGUGGAUCUGGAUUGGGGACGAAAUACAUUCAAUGAGUUGAAGAAAUAUGGUGUCAAAGGAGAGUUUCAUAUAAUGCCUAAAUUAGGACAUUCUAUUAACAAGAAAGGAAUGAACAUAAUUAAUGAUUGGAUUGUGAACUUACUGCCUGAUGUAUGACUGAAAUUGUCAAUUUACAUUCUAGGAAAUACAAAAGCUAGGCCCAAAUAAUCUCUAUAGUGUAAGGUUAGUUGAAUUUAUACCAUGGUAAAAUUAAUGACCGAAUACUGAAGUAUCUUAAAUAUUUCACUUUGUUAACGCUGCUUACAAUCUGACAGAUGUCAGUUUAAUGGAUUUAGAGUGUAAUUGUGACCCCAUAGGUUAAUAUACUGUUAAAUGUACAAAUGUUCCUUCAGCAUUUGGCUGUAAACUAUAUGUGAUUUAGGGGAGGUUAUUCUCCAACAGUUGGUGUCUAUUGGCAGAAGACUGCAUUAAAAAAGUAAUUUUUAUAUGUAAUUUAAGGGAUAAUUGCACAAUGAUGAAUAUUAGUAGUUUAGUAACUGUAUAUUAAGAUAAAUGU